AUGUCUCCUCAAUGGGCGGACCAACCCUACGGUCUUCUCUCGACCGAGCCAUUCUCCAAAGACUCUUCGAAUGGUGCGUACUAUACCGCAACACAAAUGGCUCUAGCACACAACGGCAUCCUCAGAGGGUUGAACUCGAUCUACCUUCAGGCAAUUCAUAUACCGACGGGGGACCUGGCCACGGUCAAGGACUUCCUGACAUAUUGUCAGUGCUGGUGUGAAUCCAUGCACCACCACCACGAUGCCGAAGAGAAUACUUUCUUCCCGAGUAUCGAACGACUCACAGGUGUCCCUGGACUCAUGGAGCGGAACAGGGAACAGCACAGGGCAUUCACACCCGGCUUCGACCACUUCAAUGAAUACGUCCGCACGUGUCUUCCCAAAGACUACGAUGGAAAGACUAUCAAGACUCUUAUCGAAGAGUUCGCGGGGCCGUUGACUCAACAUCUUCAUGACGAGGUAGAAACUCUGCGGGCGCUCGACAAAUACGACGGCGAGCAAGUCCGACAGGCGUAUCGGCGUCUGGAGAAGAUCUUGAUGGACACCGACAAUUAUCGUAUUGCGCCUUUGGUAUUUGGGACCGCAGAUCGCAGUUUUGAAGGUGGAAGACAUGACUUUCCAGCCGUGCCGUUCUUUGUGCCAUACAUCAUUCAGUACGUGUUUGCCAGGCGGAACCGGGGUGUCUGGCGCUUCAAUCCGUGUACAAUCUGGAGAGACCCGCGAGAAUUAGCCUAUACGGGCGCAAGGGCAGGUACUUGA